AUGAAUAAACUGACUAACAAUGAACACUUGAAUAAUAACUUUCAAGAAAUUAUGAUGACAAACAAUCGUUUGAAGAAAUUCAAAUCAAAAUAUUCAAAUGCUGAAGAAAAUUUUCAAACCAUACAAUUGAUCGAUGAUCAAUUAUAUGAGCAAGCGAAUUUGACAAAAUCCGAAUUGAUUGAUUUGUUAAAACAAAUUGAUUAUUCAACUAGUAAUAAUAAUAAUGUCACUGAUGCUUGUUCUUUAACUGAUGAACAAUUGAAUAAACUAUUAGAUAGAUCUGAUCUUAUUGAAGCUUGGACUAAACAUACCAAUAAUGAACAACACAUUGCGAAUGCUACUGAUCAACAACAAACCGAUUGUGACAAUUCUCGGCAUAACGAAUCUUUCAAUGAUCAGUUGAUUGAGUCAAACAAAAUUGGAACAGGUCAAAUUGUAAACCAAACAAAUGAUCAAACCCUAGACAACCUGUGAAUAUUAUACAAGAAGGAUAGACAAGGAUUGACUUAUUGUGAAAAUGAUUCUUAAUUUCUAUUGCUGUUUGUUUGUUUACAAUUUUGUUUUCAAUGUUAAAAAACUAAUUUCAAGGCUUUUUAUAAACCGAUUCUUGUGUGAUUAAACGUUAUGAUGUUUUUU